CAACUUUCCACAUUCGUUUAACCAAAGUCCUUUUUCUCAAAAAAAAAAAAAAACCAAAGUCCUUCACCGGAAGACCAAAACCAUGUCAGACCCAAAACCCAGACUAGUCUGCUGCAUCGGCGACGUCCACGGCUUCCACACCAAGCUCCAAAACCUCUGGUCCAAUCUCGAAAUCUCCAUCCCCUCUUCAGACUUCGCCACCGCCCUCGUCAUCUUCCUCGGCGACUACUGCGACCGCGGCCCAGACACCAACAAAGUCCUCGACUUCCUCAUUUCCCUCCCCUCCAGAUACCCGCAUCAGAAACACGUCUUCAUCGCCGGAAACCACGACUUCGCCUUCGCCGGCUUCUUGCGGGUCCUGCCUCCGCCGCCGGACGGGUCCGAGUUCCGGGAGGGGUGGAAGGAGUUCGAGGACAAUGAGGAGAGAGAAGGGUGGUUCAAGGGCGAGGGGUACGAGGGAAUGCACUUGCAGGGGAGGAGAUGGGCUGGGAGUACGAAGGGGUUUAAUAAGGCUAAAGGGACUGAGUACCAGGGUUCCGUUUAUAAAGCUCGGCCCACUUUUGAGUCUUAUGGGGUGCCUCAUGGCUCUGCGGAUCUGGUGAAGGCAGUUCCUGAUGAUCAUAAGAAGUUUCUUGCCGAUAUGGUUUGGGUGCAUGAAGAGGAUGAUGUCUGUGUAGAGAUUGAGGGUGAAACCAAACACUGUAAAUUGAUUGCCGUGCACGCCGGUUUGGAGAAAGAUAAAGAUGUCAAACAACAGUUGGAGUUUCUGAAAGCCAGAGAUACUCGGGUACCUAAGAUAAAGGCUCUGAGUGGCAGGAAAGACGUGUGGAAUAUACCAGAGGAACUGAAAAAGACUCAAACUGUUAUUGUAAGUGGACAUCAUGGGAAACUUCAUAUUGAAGGCUUAAGGCUGAUUAUUGAUGAAGGCGAUGGUAUGGCAAAGAACCCAGUGGCUGCAAUUUUACUCCCCUCUAUGAAAAUAAUCCGUGAUACAGACGUUUUGGCAAACUAGUUUCAAGUCUGGGGUACAUGCUGCACUGUCAUACACUCACUCAGUCACUCAUAAUAAAGCAUCCGUUUGCUAGCAUAAUUUGGCAAAGCAUGUAGGUUAUAAUCCCCGCAUGGAAUAUGUUCCUCAUGGGCUAGUAGAGUUGAAAAGUUGUUCCGCUACAUCUUUGAAUAAUGAUAUGGAAGUGUCGAUGUAGUUUUGUUUUGUUGUUGCUGAAGGAACAAGAUUCUUUUCUAGAAAAACAGGAUCUGAGCAUCGGGAAUAUUUCAACCUUCCUUCCCAGUUGCUACUCUUCCCUCUCCAUCUUCAUUUAUUAUUUGUCUGAGCUAAUUGAGUACCAAAUCAGAGAAACUUCCCUAAAGGGGAGUACUUAAUGUUGUGAUCUCAAGGUUAUAUAUAUAUAUGAGUGUAACGUAGACACAUACCCCCACCAACCGUUUACUGCUGUAGAUUACGUGCUAUAACAGAUUAACAGUAUUGUAAAGGCUCCUGUUAGGUUGGAGUAGUAGUCCUCCGACCCAUAAUAUUAUUACUUAAGUUUGGAGAGUACAACGAGAUGGACAUGAAGCCUAAACCUCGUGUAGCAAUACAACCAUCCUCAAUAAAAAUAUCCUAAAUAAUAUCAAAAGUGUCAUCUAUCCAAUAUUCAUCUAACAAAGAUGAUCCAGUAAGGUGUGCAAGCCUAUUUGCAACACCAUUUACUUCACGAAAGAUAUGUCAAAGAAAAACAAAAUAUAAAGCCUCCAUGUAAUGACGACAAUCAUUAAUUAUAGAACUAAUCUCAGAUAAAUCUGCCUCUUCUCUAGCCAGGGUAUUCAUCAACGUCUUGAUUUACCUUCUAAAAAUGAGUUGAUUGCUUUCUUUAUGUUUUAUGUGAGGUCUAAAGAUUCCGUACGCAGCCAAUGAGAGUUGGUUCAGUUGGCAAUGGCGGAUUUGAGGUAUAAACCUACACAAGUUCGAUCCCCGCUACCAACAAUCUCUCAUUUGGUGGACAAUCAAGAAAAUGUCCUGCAUAAUUCCAUACUAAUGGGCUGGGCUGGAACACUGGCCAGUUUCAUAAGUCCUGUUAGGUUGAGGUCGUAAGUUUGCCCUGGCUCUGGUAGUGUAGGGAGGCUCCCUCUUACCUAAACUUUUGCUUACCAAAAAAAAAAAUGAUUCUGUACGCAACUAUCAUUCUUCGAAUUCUAGUUAAAUUUUGCCAAGUUAAAAUUCUAAUUAAGAAUUAUAAGCAACAAAUUGAAGAGUUAAAUAAGAAUAUCAAUAAUGGAGGCGAAAAAUACUAGAAUAAGGAGAAUACUCCAUCCUUGAGUUCUCCGAGGGUGAUUGGGUCUUCCUCAAGCCCUUACCGGCAACAGUCGGUGGUCCGCCACCCCACUCACAAACUCGCCCCCAGGUUCUACGGGCCAUACUAGAUCGCCGUGCGCAUCGGAAAGGUCGCCUACCGCCUCAAGUUGCCACCCAAUUCCAAGAUCCACCCUGUGUUCCAUGUUUCACUCUUGAAGAAAAAGGUGGGUGAUCAGGUCUCUGUCUCUACCGCCCUUCCACCGCUCGAACACGAUGGCUCUCUCUCUUGGGUUCCCCUGAAGGUCCUAGAUAUGCAGGUGGAACGGCGCCGUCACAAAACCAUCACCAAAUGGUUAGUUCAGUGGGCUGGUCUUCCAGUUGAGGACUCCACUUGGGAGGAAGCCCAAACCAUCCUCAACCACUUUCCAGAUUUCAAGGCCUGAGGUCAGGCCUUCUUCUAAGGGGGCGGGACUUGUUAGGGUCACACCCAAACCCUGCUCUUAAUCUCUAGGCCCAAGCCCAAUUACGAAGUGCAUCCUGUAACUUUCAUUUGAAGAUCUCCAGGCACUGCUGCAGCUCUGACUAACCUGCCAUCUUUUGUCCUCAGUGUUGUUGCGUUAUUUUGUCUUCCUACUUAGUUGUCCCUGUCCUUAUGACAGAACCUCUGUCCUUGUGACAGAACCGAAUGUGAGAUCACCUUAUAUUGUACACAACGGCUCCAUUAUGGGCAUCAAUGAAUGAAAUGUAUUUCAAUUAAUUUGUC